UUUCCUCAACCGAUCAAUCAAUCUUUUGUAGUUUCGAACAUUGCCACUUCCACCCUGUUAACAUGGGCAGAGGCAGGUUCACAACCACAGCAAGGCUACUGCCCCAGUACAAAGCUAAAGUCUCGUUCAACUCUACGGCCAAGGGGAAGAGUACCAAGAAAUCUCGGCCAAACAUCAACGCGAGGCUGAAAGCUGGACGUGAGCAUUAUAGCGAUGAGACUACGUCAACAGCCAGCGAGGAAUUAUCGAACGGAGAAAUGAACGUGGAAGGCCACAGUGUUGAUGAUGGUGAUCAACAUGUUAAAACAGAAGUUACAAAAACUGCAAACAAGACUAUCGAAGAUAUAACCGACAAGCAAGAAGAGUCCAAAGAAGAGCAGGAUUCUUUCGCAUAUGUAGGAGUAGGCUUGGAUGAGAACGUGGACAGCAACCGAGGCCAACUUUGUGAGUUACACAACUACGACAGCCGUCCAAACUCGAAAGGCGAGCACGUGGUUCUACGUACCGGCUCCAAGUUUACAAUCGAUGAAGACGGAGAGAAAAGUCCGGAAGCAGCUCUUGUCUUCACUCGAUACAUCACCAAACACGGCAUGAUGUACUAUACCACGCUGAGAAUUAACUCUCCGCUCAUUUGCAAAGCCCUGAGAGAGGUCAUUGUUAGUUACCCCGAAAUCGAUAUUGAUACCUGCAGCAGCACCAUCUUGUUCGAUAAGCCAAAAUGCCUAUUCCACUAUCGGAACGAGCUAGAGCAAUACGCAAAGGCCUCGGAUGAACCGUCAAUGAAAGAACAUGUGGCGUUCUGUCUCAAGUAUAUGAAGAAGUCCCUCCGAAAGGAGAUCUCGAUCUUCGAUGGCAUGAUGCAAGGCCAGGUCGCUCAGCCCGGUAUCACUUACAAGGAACUUUGGAUGGCAUUCAGACCUGGUGCACUUGUGUACCGCAAAGGUCAGGAUUCGGAGCGCAUCUACAAGUUUGUCAGUAUGGAUGAAGAGAAGGAUGACAAGGAACGUGAAUUUUGGCACAUGAACUUGGAACAGCUGGAGAGCAACGGAAGGGUCUUUGGCCGAACCGAGGAAUGCGUCAAAAUUGAUCAUUACGAAGGCUUCAAGCCUCUCAAAGACCUGUUCAUCUAUCCACUCGAACAUGUCGAGGAACUCGAUGCCGUCAAAGAAAGAUUGAUAUCGAGAGGCAAAAAGUACGAAUCGCUGCACGGUGUCCACUAUCGAAUGUAUGAGGGGAGGUGGCGCGGAACAGCCGGUUGCAAAGGAUGUGACGUGACACAGGUAACUGCGACCGUCCUUAGCAAACCGGGUGACUGACCAUGGCAGGUGCGGCAAAGAGUCAUGAUCGAUACUCAAGAGUAUGACAACAACUUUCGCCCUUGGCAAAAAGGGUUCGUUCUGGGCUCAACCAUAG